GCAGAAUAUUGCACCUAAACAAGAUGGCUACGGAAUCGCAGGAUAUAGAGACAGUGACCACCAAUGUUGCUACAGGCCAGCCGGAUAACAAGACCAGACGAUACGAUCGACAACUUCGGCUAUGGGCUGCAACGGGUCAGAAUGCCCUUGAAUCAUCUCGCGUCCUAGCAAUUGGUGCCACGGCCACGGCCACGUCCGUCCUGAAGAACCUCGUCCUCCCUGGUAUCGGUCACUUCACCGUCCUCGAUCACCGCACCGUCACCCCUGAAGACGCAGGCAACAACUUCUUUUUCGAGGGCCAGAAAAGCAUUGGCAAGAGGCGCGCGGACGAAGCUGUGCGGCUGCUUGGCGAGCUGAAUGACAGCGUGGAGGGCAAGGCGGAUCAAGCAAACAUUGAGGAAGUGUUGAGUAACAACCCCGAGUAUUUGCUACAGUUCAACCUCGUGAUCGCGCAUAAUCUGGAUGCGGUGCUGUUGGACAAGCUCGCCAAGUUCUUGUGGUCGGACCCGUCAUACCCUACACUCAUGGUGGUGAGAUCAGCAGGAUUCCUCGCGGAGUUCUUCAUUCAGUUUCACGAACACACUGUUAUCGAGAGCCAUUCGGAAGCUAUGCCAUCGCUACGCAUAGACAAGCCUUUCCCUGAACUGUAUGAACAUGCUAUGUCCCUCGACCUUGACAACAUGGAUCCGAUGGACCACGCUCACAUCCCCUACGUUGUCAUUCUUAUUCGAGCCCUCGAAGACUGGAAGAAGGCGCACGGGGGUAAUCCGCCUAAGACAUACGCUGAGAAACAGCAGUUCAAGAAAGGUAUCCAAGCCAUGAAGAAGAAACAUGACGAGGAAAACUUCGACGAGGCUGAAGCACAGGCAUACCGGGCCUGGACAGAAACAACCGUCCCCUCAGAAAUCUCAUCCCUCUUCCAAGACCCCGCCCUUUCCUCCCUCUCCCCCUCCUCCCCACCCUUCUUUCACCUCCUCUCCGCCCUGCAUAAAUUCACACUACAGCCACCGCACACCCUCCCCCUCACAUCGACCCUCCCCGACAUGCGCUCCGACACAAAGAACUACAUUCACCUGCAGACGCUGUACAAGCGUCGUGCUGAGGAGGAGAAGAAGGUGUUCAAGUCGUUUAUCAGCAAGGACGUGCAGAUCGACGAGGAGCUUGUGGAUUCGUUCGUAAAGAACGCGCAUGCGAUCUUAGUGAUGAGGGGAAAGCGGUGGGGGGAAUUUGAUGAGGACUCUGCGGCGUUAGCAAAUUCGCUGGUUAUCUCGCCCCGGGAAACAGCGACGCAUCUAGCACUCUCCGCGAAUUCUUCACAAUCUCUCAAGUCAGCAGCGCCACCGACUGCUGAAUCUCUCAAGGCACAAGUACAGAGUAUCGUCGGCUCAGGAGUUGAGCUACCAGAGGAGCAGCUCGAUGCUGCGGUUGGUGAAGUAGCGCGAGCACCCACCUCCGACCUGCCUAACGUCGCAGCCUUCCUUGGGGGCAUGGUAGCCCAGGAGGCGAUCAAGAUGAUCACAAAACAAUAUGUGCCGCAGAAGGGAUACUUGGUGAUUGAUAUGAUCGAUAUGUGGACGGGGCCCACUGGGCUAUAGCCGCGAGAUAUGAACGCUGUACGCCAUAGAAAUGUACAACGUAUGACGCUGUUCUACUUCUGACCAAUUACAUGGGGGCGGGAGGACUCGCAGGCUGAUUUUCCCACGGCCUCUUGAACUGGUAUCUCCCGAUGCCGGUAACUCGCUC